AUGGUGAAGGAGAGCCUGCGGGGCUGGGUCCCAGACCCUGGAGACCCGCUGGUCCACAUCAACGUGGGAGGGCUCAAGAGCAGCCUGUUCUCCAGCACGCUGCGCAAGUUCCCCGACACACGGCUGGGCCGCCUGCUAGCCUGUGAGUCCGAGGAGGCUAUCCUGCAGGUCUGCGACGACUACGACGAGCAGCUGAGGGAGUUCUACUUUGACCGCAACCCAAGCCUCUUUGCGUACGUCCUGCAUUUUUACCAGACGGGCAAGCUCCACAUCAUGGAGGAGCUGUGUGUUUUCUCCUUCUGCCAAGAGAUUGAGUACUGGGGCAUCAACGAGUUCUUCCUGGACAGCUGCUGCAGCUACCGAUACCAUGACCGAAAGCUUGAGACCCGACACAAGAACUGGGAUGAAGACAGCGACGAGAGCAGUGUGGACACAGACGUGGACGAAAUCUCCGACCUCAACAAGGACAUCUUGCUCUUCCAGGACAUGAAGUGUGGCAAUGUCCGUCGGUGCUUGUGGCUGACCCUGGAGAACCCUGGCUACUCCAUCCCCAGCAAGCUCUUCAGUCUACUGUCCAUCACUGUGGUUCUGACCUCCAUUGCGACCAUGUGCAUUCACAGCAUCCCGGAGUACCAGGUCUAUGACCAGAAUGGCAAGCAGAUCGAGGACCCCACUCUGCAGGCCCUCGAGAUAUUCUGUGUCUGCUGGUUCAACUUUGAGGUGGUGACUCGCAUGCUUCUAGCUCCAAACCGACGGAAGUUUUUCAUUAUGCCUCUCAACAUGAUCGACAUCAUCUCUGUGGUGCCCAUCUAUGUCACCCUACUCUUUGACUUGGUAGUUGGCAGUGAAUCCGAGCUAGAAAACUUGGGAAAAGUGGUGCAGGUGUUCCGACUCAUGAGGAUAUUCCGAGUCCUGAAGCUGGCCAGACACUCCACGGGCCUACGGUCACUAGGGGCCACACUAAGGCACAGCUACAGGGAGGUGGGCAUCCUGCUGCUCUACCUGGGUGUGGGCGUGUCUGUGUUCUCAGGCAUCGUGUACACAGCGGAGUACGAGGAGGACGUCGGACUGGACACCAUCCCCGCGUGCUGGUGGUGGGGGACCGUUAGCAUGACCACGGUAGGUUUCGGGGACGUGGUGCCCGUCACAGUGGCGGGCAAGCUUGCGGCGUCCGGUUGCAUCCUCGGCGGGACUCUGGUGGUGGCCCUGCCCAUCACCAUCAUCUUCAACAAGUUCUCCCACUUCUACCGCAAACAGAAGGCCCUGGAGGCGUCCGUGCGUAACAGCAACAAGAAGCGGCUGAAGAUGGACGUGGAUGCUGGCUCUGAUGGGGACAGUCACUAUCUGGGGGAUGAGGAUGUGGACGAUGAGGAUGAUGACACUGACAGCGAGGGUGGUGUGGUAAACUAUAGUUACGUUGAACACCUACCUCCUGUAGACAGAAGGAGAGAAGUUUACCAACUCUGA